AUGGAGACCAAGAUCGCUUGUGUUGAUAUGGUUGUGACGAUCUUCCCUGAUAUCUGCCGCGAUUUUGUCUCGGGUCUCUAUGACAAACUCUCCAAACACUCCGACCAGCUUAUCAACCAUAUCUUGGAGAGUGAAGUGCCAUACCCAAAAGCAAAAGAUUCUCAGAAGACACUAAAAAGAAAGAGGGAUCUCGAUGAGGAAGAGGAGUUAACCCGCAAGUAUUCUUCUGCAGACCGCGUAAUACCGGUGAAAGCUGAUGGCGUCCGACCUUGGAUACGUCAUAUUUUGUCUCUGGAGUUUCCAGAAACCCCCAUGACUUUCAUUGAUACGUGCUUGUAUCAAGAUGGGUUUCGUCUGUUCCCGACGUAUCGGGUUCUUGAACAGGCCCACAGAACGUUUGAUCCACAGAACCCUCCGUAUAACAAACUAAAAGUCAAGAGGAAGAUGUCGGAAGAGUACCAAGAGGCCCGUUUGAAGAUUCUCCUUGACGGAAGGCCCAUUCCCGGAAGCAUAUAUGAUAGGGAACAUAUCGAGAUUCUUCAAGAAUUGCAAGCAGCUAGAAGAGUUCGAAAAAAGGCCGAUGCGGAUCGUGAGGAGGAGCGCCGACUAGAACUUGAAGAGGAAGCUAAUCUACUGAAGGCCCAAGCUGAGGGUACGAUAGCAGAUUGCGGCUGUUGCUUUGGCGAGUACCCUCUCAAUCGAAUGGUUCAUUGCAACAAUGAAGAGGCAUUGCAUUGGUUUUGCAGGGAUUGCGCCAGACAGAAUGCAGAAACAGCGAUUGGCCAAUCUAAGUACCAGCUUGUCUGCAUGUCAACUGACGGCUGCGCCUCGGGAUUUUCACAAGAACAGCGCUCACACUUCUUGGACGAGAAAUUGGCUAUUGCGCUGGAGCGUAGCGAACAAGAAGCAAAUCUGCGCAUGGCAGGCAUCGAAAACCUUGCUAGUUGCCCUUUCUGCCCAUUUGCCGCGGAGUAUCCGCCGGUUGAGAUUGACAAGGAAUUUAGGUGCCAAGCCCCUGAUUGCGAAAGGAUUAGCUGCCGCCUUUGCAAGCUUGAAUCUCACAUUCCAAAGAGCUGUGAGGAGAACGCCAAAGACAAUGGAUUGUCAAUCCGACGACAGAUUGAGGAGGCAAUGUCCGAAGCUUUGAUUCGCAAAUGCAACAAAUGCGGGACACCAUUUGUUAAAGAGGAAGGAUGCAAUAAGAUGACCUGUACAAGGAACGGAUGCUUCAAUGUUCAGUGUUACAUUUGCUCCAAGUCCUGCAACUAUGACCAUUUCAACGACCCACAAAGAGGUGGUAGGGUGGGAAAUUGCCCAUUAUUUGAGAGCACUCAGCAGCGGCACGAUGACGAUGUCCGGAAAGCGGAAAAGGAUGCGCUUGAAAGAAUUCGGGCAGAGCAUCCGGAAUAUUCUGAAGAAGAUCUGAAAAUUCAAGUUUCGGAGGCUGUCCUGAAAGACGAUGAGCGACGGAGGGCGAAUAAUCCCAGAGCCCGUCCAGUGCCUAUGGGUGCUCCUGGUCAGUAG